GAAGUUGGAGCAACCAUUAAUUAAUCACUUUCAAACUCUCUAUUACCAUUUCUAAUCUCGUUUUUAUAUGAAAAAUUCUCUUUUAUAAUGCAUGGGGCUCUACCUGCAUUAUAUUCAUCUUUGCCAAUUCACCUAAGUACAAGAGAUAUAGCAGUGAUGAGAAAUCUUGUUUUCUCUUCAAUACAAUGGCUGUAUACUCACUUAUGUUGGGAAGUUUCUAUAUCCCUGCUAGUACUAACCAUUCUUAGUUGUAUACUUCAGAGACUCACCAACAAGGGUCCAAUGUUAUGGCCAGUUAUGGGGAUCCUACCUUCGGUAUUCCUUCAUAUCAACAACAUUUAUGAUUGGAUCACCAGGUCUUUCAUCAAAGCUGGGGGUACCUUCCACUUCAGGGGAAUGUGGAUGGACGGAUACUAUGGAAUCAUGACCAUUGUACCUUCAAACAUUGAAUAUAUGCUUAAAACAAAGUUCAAGAACUUCCCCAAAGGUAGGCACUAUAUAGAGAGGUUUUAUGACUUGCUUGGGAAUGGUAUUUUUAAUGCUGAUGAUCAACUAUGGAAGGAACAAAGACGGUUCGCAACUUCUGAGAUGCAUUCAAGCAGGUUUGUGGAGUACUCAUUCCAAACCAUGCAAGACCUGGUGCACCAGAAGCUACUAAAAUUGUUAGAGAAACUUGUGGAGUCAGGGGAUAGCUUUGAUCUCCAAGAAGUGCUUCUUCGGUUCACAUUUGAUAACAUUUGCACCGCUGCUCUUGGCAUUGAUCCAGGGUGCUUGGCCCUUGAUUUACCUGAAAUUCCUUUUGCAAAAGCUUUUGAAGAAGCCACGGAAUUCACUCUAUUGAGAUUCUUGGUGCCAUCUUUUGUAUGGAAAGUCAUGAGACUCCUUGGAGUUGGAUAUGAGAAGCGGCUCAAGAAGGCAAUAAAAAUCGUGAAUGAUUUUUCUGAGAAGAUAGUGACUGAUCGAAAGAACGAAUUAGUGAAGUUUGGAAGCUUAAAUGAUCAUUCUGACCUCUUGUCCAGACUCAUUGAGGACUCUGACCAAGGACGAGACACGAGCUCUGUGGCAUUGUCAUGGUUCUUCUGGUUAGUACACAAGAACUCAGAGGUCGAAAGCAGAAUUAUCGGUGAGAUUAAUGAAAUUUUGUGUUACCGCAAGUGCAAAAAUGAACCAUAUGAUGUGGCUUUUACAGUGGAAGAAUUGAGGAAGAUGGUGUAUUUACAAGCAGCAUUGUCUGAAUCUCUGAGGCUUUACCCUUCAGUGCCAUUUGACUUCAAAGAGGUUAUAGAAGACGAUGUUUUCCCGGAUGGCACCAUGAUUAAGAAGGGGAGUCAGGUUUUUUACAGUAUUUACUCAAUGGCUAGAAUGGAGUCCAUAUGGGGAAAAGAUUGCUUGGAGUUUAAGCCAGAGAGGUGGCUUAAAGACGGGCAGUUUGUCAGCGAGAAUCAAUUCAAAUAUGUAGUGUUUAAUGCGGGUCCAAGAUUGUGUCUUGGAAAGAAAUUUGCUUACGUGCAGAUGAAAAUGGUAGCUGCUUCAAUCCUGUUGAGAUAUGAAGUUAAGGUUGUCGAAGGCCAUAAAGUUGAUCCAAAACUGACAACCACUCUUUAUAUGAAGCAUGGAUUGCUAGUGACUAUCAAGCCUAGGUUGGUUGGCGUUGCAUAAGCUUUGCUAAGCACAAUGGGUCGAGAUCAUAUGUCCCAAAUUUUUAAGACUCAUUGAGCUAAUGGAAACUACGUACUAGAGUUCUAUUUUGUGUCUAGUGUUUCUCAGAUUGCUGUUCUGGCUAACUAGACUGUAUGAUAAAUAAAGUGGAAUGCAUGUUGAACCUUGUAUUCAUAUUUUAAAAGAAGUUGUGUUAAAUUUACAAACUAGCUAUCAAUAAAUCUUGAUUUAUAUUUAA